AUGAUUUCAGAAGUACAUCGAUUUCUAUUUCCGAACCAUUCUAAUAAUCCGCAUACUGGAAGCAUAAAAACAACUAAUCAUUCCUCCUCUUGGCAAAGUGAUUCUAUUAAUCCUCAAAAACUAGAUAUAAUUGGAAAACCCGAAACUAUGGCUUAUCCAGUUAGUUCUAACAGAAAAGGAGCAACUUAUUCUACUCCUUUUGAAACCGAUAGAACGAUAAUCUCUCGUUCUCCUUCUUUUACAUCUAACGGAUAUAAUAGUGACGAUCGUUCGACACAUAGUAACGCUUCUGAUAUAAUGAGUACUGACGAUGAUGUUACAACUCCAAUUAAUAACGGUUCGCCAGUUUCAGAUAAUUAUACUCUUCCUCAAUUAAAUAUUUCAAAUCAAAGAACUACAAUGUUAGACGAACCUUAUUAUGAUCAUGAUGACAUGAAUAUAAAAUCUAAAGAAAGA